GUGCAUUUUUCUUUCAAGUUUUCAGAUGGGCCGAUUCUGAUUCUCACUGUCAUCUCCACUCACCCACGGACUUCACAAAUUUUUAUAUUCUUUUUCAUGUGCCUUUUUGGAUCAUGUAAUUAUACGCCUCGCUUCAAUCAUCUCUCGUAUCGUAACUUGUAUAAUAUAGGGCUUUAACGAAGUGCAAUUGUUCAGAGAGAUAGUCAGAAGUCUCUGCUUUACAAUUGAAGAAUGAAUCUGAACCUUCUUUGAAACAGGAAUGGUUCUCUGAUUCAAGAAGAGGCGGAGCACUUAAAGAAACAAUUAAAGGUUUAAACCGUCAAGCCCGAGUGUAAAUAACAAGAAAAAUGGGAUCUUUUAAAGGUCAUGCUCUACCAGGAACUCUUUUUCUUUUAGUUGGUGUGUGGCACAUAUGGAGCUCUGUGGUUCGAUAUGUAUCAUAUCCCAAGUCAUUUCGGGUCCGGGUUUGGAACCCAGUUCCUGGUUUUGAUGGGAAGCUCAAAUAUUUGGAACUUUAUGUGGUAGCAAUUGGUGCUUUUCUUGAUAUGUGUAUUGAGCUUCUGUACUCAACCCAUCUGAAGUUUUUGGUCAAUGGUGUCUUGAACCGGCAUCACAUGAACGAUUUUGAACAUUCUGGGAUGCUUCUUAUGUUCUUUAUCUUCGGUGUUAUUUGUUUGCUCUCUGAGAAAACGAGCUUUCUUCCCUUGCCUGAAGGAUCCCUUGGUUUGAUUGCUGCCACAGCAUUCUGUGCAGAGUAUCUACUAUUUUAUUUUCAUUCAACAAGUCAUAAAGGCCUUGAGGGGUAUUAUCAUCUCCUUCUUGUCCUCUUGGUAGGGCUUUGCAUUUUAACGAGUGUUGCUGGAGCUAUCUUCCCAACCAGCUUUCCUAUUGAUCUAUGUAGCGGCAUUGCUAUAACUCUCCAAGGCCUCUGGUUCUAUCAGACUGCCUUCACUCUCUAUGGUCCCAUGAUGCCAGAAGGCUGUGGACUCAACGGAAAUAUGAUUUCUUGUCACUCCAGAGACAGCGAAAUUCGAGGUGAGUUUUUCGCUAACUUCCAGCUCUUUUCCUUGGUAUUGGGAGUUCUUGUCGGAGUUGUGGCGGCAUAUGUUUUUGCAGCCUCAAGAUAUGAGAGUUCUGAAUCUGAUAUUCAGAGCUUACAAGUGGUCCGGGAUGGGUCAAGAUUAAAUUAAGGGUAUUCUAUCUUUCCGUGUAAUCUGUUUAGGUAGAUAUAAACUGGAGAUUCAUAGUUUCAUUUGAGUUAGUAGCUCUUUCAGAGUUGAUAUAAAUUUACUGUUUAGUGCAUAAUAUAACACACUGAUUAACUUUUGAAGCAUGUAUAAUAAUGCAGUCUGGAUAGACUGUUAAACCAAAAUUUGUAAUGAUAACAGAUGUUAAUGUAAUUUGGGACAUCUCAUUCUACCA